UCACUAUAAAUACUCUGUACCGAUGCGACCUUUGUGGUUCCCGGGCCUCUGAAACCGGUGUAGUCUUUUAUCCGGACUUGCUUUUACUUUCACUUUCACUUUCACCUUUCAAUGAAGUUGAUGGAUUGAUUGACCAUGUCGACCCUUACGCCUCCUUCUUUUGCUUCUGCCUCUGGUGCUGCUGGUGCUGCUUAUAGUACUAGCACUACUGUUAGUAAACAGAGAAGACCCAGUGAUCCUCCCGCUCCUUCUUAUCGAGAAGCUUCUAUGUUGGCUUCUGACGCCAUGUCAAGUCCUCCUCCUAUCAUGCCUCGAUCCAAGAUGGUGGCCAAGCCAGUCCUACAGCAGACACAGACUCAACCUCAUCAUCAAGAAACAUCAGGAGUACACACAGUGCCGGUACCAGUUGUAAGAGAAGAAGAGACUCCGACUGUCACUCAGGAGAUGACUUCCACGGAUGACAGCAGUCAGAACCCCAUCGACCAUAUUAAUAAUAAUAUUAUUAUUAUUGAUAACAUGCAGAGCAACAACACCAUUGAUAUUGAUACCCUCACUUCUGGCACUUGUGGACCUGAACGGCAUGCUCAAGACAAACUCUAUGACCAGCAGUUGCAAGACAUUCAAGAACAGCAAAAGCAAGCAUCCAACUUGAAUGGACCUUCUGUCAUUUUUGAUGGAGACCAUUUGAAAGAAGAAAAAGUUCAAGAAAUAGAAGCCAAGGAUGACUUGGAUGAAGAAGAGGGAGAAGAUCAUGACAAAUUUGAAAUGGGAGGACCUGAAAUGGGAGUCCCAAAUGCGGAAGGAUCCAGACAAAAGAGCUUUAGGUCAUUUUUCGUACACCUAAACAACACUUCCUCCAGAGUCUCACAGCUCAUUUCAAGGCUAUCUGGAUGGUCUGAUAACACUCCUCCCGAGUAUGAUCAUGAUCAUGAUCAUGGACAACGAGACAUUGGAGCAGAUGACCUGGUCUUGCCCGCGAACAGAUCCUCUCAAAAAGCACUCCAAGCCAGACAAACAUGCAUGUGCAUCUUUUGCAUUCUCAUCAUUGCGGCCAUUAUCGUACCCGUUGCUGUCUGCAGUCUGGCGGAAAUGUGCUCCAGCAACGACAACGACAAUAGUGACAAUUCCAGUCAAGAUGAUAACAUACCCACCAUGGCACCCACCACCAUUGUGCCGCCCGAUCUAACCAUGCCACCCAUUUCAGUAAUGCCAAACAACAACCGCACCACCACCAACAACAACGUCGAAUUUGUCACGGUCAAUCUAGGACAAACAGGAGCCAUGAUUGACAUUCCAGAAUACACGGUGCCCCAAUUGGAUGAUCCAUUCUCUCCACAAUACAAGGCAUAUGCAUGGUUCAUCUACACCUAUCCCGCGGAAAUCCUGCAAGACAUGCCCAUGUGGAGGAUCCAACAAAUCUUUGCAUUGGCCACUCUAUUCUUCUCCUUGAGAGGUGGUCGUUGGCAUCCCACCAAUCGACAGCAAUGGCUCAACUCGUCCAUGUCCGAGUGUCAAUGGUCCUCCGAUUUGGUUUGCUACGGUCCCGACGACAACACACAACAAGAACUCGAAGGAGUCGUUCAAACCAUUAGUUUUAACGAUUUCGUUUUCCCACUCAACAACGGCACUCUACCCAUGGAAUUGGAAUUGCUAUCUGAGCUACGGAUGCUGCAAGUCAAUGGGGCUGGUUUGACCACGGAAAUGGAGGCAUUCUUCCCUGCUGCACGUCUUACGGGCCUCUCGCUAUUCCAAACGCUGUCUGUAGGCGACAAUCAAAUUCGUGGAACCCUGCCGAGUGAACUUGGAUUACUUUCUGCACUUCAGUCCAUCAGUGCACAGAACAAUGCUCUCACCGGAGCGAUUCCAAGUGAAUUGGGUUUGUUGGCUGGUCUAGAACAACUGUGGCUGGACGGGAACAACCUAUCGGGUCAAGUUCCCAUGCCUCUUUGCCAAAUGACUAUCCAACGGGGUGGUGUGGAUCUCGAUGUGGAUUGUGCCACAGUGGUCUGUCCAGAAAAUUGCAACUGUGACUGCACCUAAGCAGCAGCAGCAAACAACAACAUCACCCAAUCAACAAACAGGAAUGAACGGAUUCGGCAGGUGUGUCUCCAUUCCUUGAUUGUCCGUCGGAUCAAAUGUCGAUUAUGUGACUUCCUUCUACGUGUGGUUCAUCACAAAUAAAUCAUUAAAGUCUUCAUGAUUGCAUAGUCUAAAGUAACAACAAACAAACACUGCUAAGUG